CUCUUCAGCUGCUGUUCAGCUGACCAGAUAUGUAUGGUUAUAUACGGAUAUAUAUGCAUGAAUAAAUAUAUAUAUAAAUCCAUCAUUCGUCCCAGUCUCAUCCUUCCUUCCUACUCUACCACGUAGCCGCCUACCAAGGGAUGAACUUUCCCCCCUGCCUCUUUGAGACAUCUUAUAAUAUAUAUCAUCACCAGCCGCAUUCCUACACCCUCCUUCUUGUGUUAACUUCAUCCUCAGCUCUGAAUCAUACCAAAGUCGGGGAUCAUCUGCGCGUCCACUACUCCAAAAUGUCUGCCAGCGCCGGAGAUGAUAACCUCCCGCCCUUCAUCCCCUUUUCCAAGCCCAGCGCGCCACUAGCCUACACCUCCUCACCCUGCCAACUCCUCCGCUCCGACCUCAUCACCUUCCUCCACCUCCUCCCCUCCAUCUUGUCCAUCGUCACUCCCUGGCGCCCCUGGCCGACCGGAUCCUACGAUGAGCUCUACCCGUCUCCCGGCAACAUCUUCUCCGUCUUCAACCACGUGAUCCUCUUCAUCACACAGGGCUUUUUUAUCCUCUCCACGCCCCUCUGGCUCCUCUUCCCCGUCUGGAUGGUAGCCCUCUACGUCUUUGUCUUCGUCUCACUCAACAAGAUGUUCUGUUACUGCCUCAACGGCUCCCAGGGAACCUUCGAAUCCAACCCCGCGGUCCUGAAACAGCUCGGCGCACACGCGGACGAGGAAUGGAUCUUUAUCAAUGGCGUCGCAGUCGGGAGGCACUGGAUGCAAGCUAACAUCGACCGUCUGUCCCUCACCUUCCAGCGUCCCGUCCGCGGCGCACUCAACCGCACCUCCGGCAUCUUAUUCGACGUCAUCCAGUGCCUCAUCGAGCGGACCUUCGACUACUGCACGAACGAUGUACGGAUAUGCUACGAGAUUCUCCGCGUGGCGAUGCUAAGCCCCGUCAACAAAGUCGUUUUGAUCCUUCACUCCCAGGGCGGCAUCCAAGGCGGUCUAAUCGUCGAUUGGCUCCUCGAGCAACUCAGCCAGGAGACGCUGAGUAAACUCGAGAUCUACACAUUUGGGUGCGCAGCGAACCACUUCAACAACCCCCGCGUCUCUGCGAAGCCCACUGCCAAGCACCCCACUGCGAGCGCGAUAUCGUAUAUAGAGCACUACGCCAACGAGCGAGAUUUCGUGUCAAGAUGGGGGAUACUGCAUAGUAUCAACCCCCUCCCUGCGGUGGCGAAGUCGGCGGCGAUGAGGACUGAAGCCUUGGCUGCAGCGGGAGGAGAAGUUGGUAUCGAAAGCGGGAAGGCGAGGGGGGGGUAUCAGGGACGGGUGUUUCAGGUGCCGGAGAGUGGGCAUUUGUUGGGGCAGCAUUAUCUCGACCGGUUGUUUCCUCUGAAUCGGAAGAUGAGGGAAGUGGUGUUUGAGGAGGGGGGGGUGUGGGAUAUGCAUGUGCAUCUUGGGGAUGACGAGGGAGAUCCAGCGCAUCCGGAGAAGUUUGUUAGGGUGUCGGAUGCGAGGUAUCCGUUUACGUCUUUUGAGAUCCCGGGGAAGAAUGGGGGGACGUCGUUGCAUCCGCCGUCUACGCCGAUAGCGUCGUCUUCGAAUGGGGAGUUGGCGGUGGAGACCGAUGCAGACGAGAUCUCAAAAGCGCCGAGGGAGACGACUGGAUUGAAGGUGAAAGAUCUGAGUCGGUUGUAUAUGUACGUCAAUGGAGGAAGCCCACCGGAUUCGCCUGUUGAGUCGAGGCGAUCGGUUACUUUCUAGUUCUGGGAAUAGGGAUUCUGGGGAUGGAGACUUGCAUGGAGAAUCGAGGAGGAUGCUUGCAGCGGCUAUUAGUGGUACCAAUUUAGAUUUACACUGCGGGCUAUCGUAUUUGCAGCGGCAAUCGCUCGACGACUGCACUUCUGCAGUCGUCGAGCGGUUGUCUCGGAUGGCAUGCAAACAAAGGUUGUCAACGGUGGGCGUUUAUGGCUAAAUGCAAUUACAUAUUUCCAAC